AUGUUGAUUAUAGAAGAAGUGCCUCAGCGCUCCAAAGAUCCUGAGUAUGAAGAUGAUUAUAACUUCUCAUACACGAACGCAGCAGAGCCAUGUUACGAGAGUCAGCUCAACAGUAACGUCAGUUAUUUCGUUCAGAUUUACAUACACACCCUAAUCUGUAUUGUUGGAUUUGUUGGCAAUGCCUUGGUGAUCCUAACGUAUGCCUUUUACAAACGUACAAAGUCCAUGACUGAUGUUUACUUGCUGAACGUGGCCAUAGCAGAUGUUCUGUUCGUGGUAGCCUUGCCUCUGAUCAUCUACAGUGAGCAGAGUGGCUGGGCUUUGGGAAGUUGGUCCUGCAAGCUGCUACGUGGUCUCUAUAACAUCAACCUGUACAGUGGUGUCCUGCUUUUGGCCUGCAUCAGUUUAGACCGUUAUAUUGCCAUUGUACAAGCUCGUCGGUCUUUCAGAUUCCGUUCCAGCAUGUUGAUCUACAGCUAUGUGAUUUGUGCCUUCGUCUGGCUUCUAGCCUUGCUAAUAUCUUUGCCAACCUUCCUUUACUAUGAGGCCUAUGCACCCGAUGAUUCUUUCGAAGCAAAACAAUCUGUAUGCUUCUUUAAAUUCAAUGACACACGGACCGCAGAGACGAUGAAGGUACUGGUGCCAAGUUCUCAGUUGGCUGUGGGAUUUUUCUUACCAGUGCUGGUCAUGUGUGUCUGCUACACCAGUGUGAUAUGUACGCUGCUGCAUGCCAAAAACUUCCAGAGGCAUAAAGCUGUGCGUGUGGUCCUGGCUGUGGUGCUAGUUUUUAUUGCCUGCCAUCUACCCUACAACGCAGUGCUGUUAUAUUAUACUAUUGAAAUGAAAAACCAAAUGGAUUGCAGAACAGAUGAUGACAUAAAACUGUCUCUGAUCAUUACGGAGAGCCUGGCCUAUCUUCACUGCUGCCUUAACCCAAUGCUCUACGCCUUCAUCGGCGUUAAGUUCAGGAAUCAUUUUCGGAAUAUUGUGGUGGACCUCUGGUGCCUUGGAAAGCGCUAUAUCAGGGCAAGACGUACGUCAAGAGUAACAUCAGAGGCGUACCUCUCAUCUCGCAGAUCUGUGGAUAGCUCAAGCAAAGAAAAUGGCACGUCUUUUACAAUGUAA